AUGCCAUUCCUGUUCUGUGACUUCAACAACGUCUGCAACUAUGCAUCUCGAAACGACAAAUCUUAUUGGCUCUCAACAACAGCUCCAAUACCAAUGAUGCCGGUGAGCGAGGAAGACAUCGAGCCCUACAUUUCCAGGUGCGCUGUAUGCGAAGCACCAGCAAACGUUAUUGCAGUACAUUCGCAGACCAUACAAAUACCAAAUUGUCCGAAUGGGUGGAAUUCGCUCUGGAUUGGUUAUUCGUUUGCCAUGCACACCGGUGCUGGUGCCGAAGGCGGUGGCCAGUCGUUAAGGGGAAGUACGAUCGGAGUAUAG